AUCAACCUCAUGAAACAUUAACCACAUUUUCCUAAAUAUUGAGGAAGUGGUGUCACACUGAAAUGAGCGCUCACACCACAGCUGCAGUACAUGUCUAGGAUAUGAAUAUCUCCAGAAUCGGUUCCUGCUGUGUUUUAAUGAGGAAAUUCGAAUGAGACAGACAGCGGCGGCAGCUGCUGAAGGAUUUAAAGUCGUGGUGGUGUUUUCUUCUAGUUUACUGAGCGAGCUGUCCUGCAGAGGAAGGCUGUCCGCAUCUGACCAGAGAGCGCAGGUGUUAAAUACAUAAUCAUCCGACCCUCCAGCCCUGCUCAUGACAAAGAUGAGCUGGGCUGUCGGUACACAGUGUGUAGCCAAGGGGGACCACAGGAAACCAAAACCUGGAGAUCUGGCGUACCACAAAGGAGACAUCCUCACUAUUGUUGACACGAGCAUGAAGAAGGGAUAUUACACGGCCAAACACAACACCACAGGAGAGGAGGGACUCAUAAACUCCACCAAUGUGCGUGAAAGAGAGGCUCUACGUGUCGACCCCGGCCUCAGCCUCAUGCCUUGGUUUCAUGGGAAGAUCUCCGGUCCAGUGGCGGUGUGUAAGCUACAGCCGCCCGAGGAUGGCUUGUUCCUGGUUCGAGAAUCCAUCCGCCAUCCCGGCGACUACGUCCUGUGUGUCAGUGUCUCUGGAGAGGUCAUCCACUACCGGGUGAUUUAUCGGGACAACAAGCUGACCAUCGACAACAAACAGUAUUUCUACAACCUCAUUGACAUGAUAGAGUUUUACUCAAAGAACAAAGGCUCCAUCGCUACAACUCUUCUGAAGCCCAAACAAAAACAAGGAGCCAAGUCAGCUGAGUUGGAGCUGUCUAAAAAUGGAUGGCUGAUGGACAUUACGAAGCUCACGCUGGGAGAGAAUAUUGGAGAGGGAGAGUAUGGUGCUGUUUUUGAAGGAGAGUAUAUGGGCCAGAGGGUGGCAGUGAAGACCAUAAAAUGUGAUGUCACAGCUCAGGCCUUCCUGCAGGAGACAACUGUCAUGACGAAGCUCCAGCAUAAAAACCUGGUGCGAUUGUUGGGGGUCAUUCUUCACAAAGGGCUUCAUAUUGUCACUGAGCUCAUGACUAAGGGAAACCUUGUUAACUUUCUCAGGACAAGGGGACGGUCAGUCGUAAACUCAACUCAGCUGCUCCGCUUUGCUCUUGAUGUGUGUGAGGGGAUGGAGUACCUGGAGUCCAAGAAGUUGGUUCAUAGAGAUUUGGCAGCUCGUAACGUGCUGGUCUCUGAUGACAGCGUGGCCAAGGUCAGCGACUUUGGUCUGACCAAGGUGGACUCGAAGGUAUCAGAUAACGUCAAACUGCCCGUCAAAUGGACCGCCCCCGAGGCUCUAAAGAAAGAGAAAUUCUCCACAAAGUCAGAUGUUUGGAGCUACGGUGUUCUUCUGUGGGAGAUCUUCUCUUACGGUCGUCAACCAUACCCUAAGAUGUCUCUGAAGGAGGUGAAGGAGAGAGUGGAGCGGGGCUAUCGCAUGGAGGCUCCAGAGGACUGCCCCCCUGGUGUUUACUCUCUGAUGAAGAUUUGCUGGGAGCAGGAGCCACGCAGAAGACCUGCUUUCCACAAACUAAGAGAGAAACUUGAACAAGAGAUGGGUAAACUCAGCCCGAGCCCUGGGUCGGAGCGUCAGGUUAGGAUCAAGUCUGGAUCUGGCUGCUGAUCUUUGUUGUGAAUCUUGAACUCACGAUUGUGAGAAUAGAGUGCCAGCUGUUGGACAGCUAAUCCACACAUUGUUACAGUUCCAACUGGAUUCCUUUAACCUAACAGAUGACAAGAUGAUCAUUAUGUAACUCUGGUCAUCAUGUAAUGCCUAUGAGAAAGGGUUUAAUGGUUGGAGCCAUGAAUAUACUAAACAUUGCUUUAGUGGAGCAAAAAUGGGUGAAUCAGACCGUGGUAUGAUCAUUUUCACUGCCAGAUUUUUAGCCACACUAGCUGCUCGGCUCUAUGGAUGGCAAGGUCGGUCUGUCGGUCUGUUGGUCUGUCGGUCUGUUGGUCUGUCGGUCUGUUGGUCUGUUGGUCGGUCCACCACUUUGGUCCAGACUGAAACUAUUUGAUGGAUUGCCAUGACACUUUGUACAGACAAUAAUUCCCAUGAAAAGACAAAAACCAACAAUGCAUGAAUCCAACUAACAAGUGUCCUACUGUCAUUAAACACACAUCAAUGACCCAGACCCUUUCACUGGGUGACAUUAUAAUGAACAUGGUAGUUUAUGUUGACUUAUUAAACUUCAGUGCCCAGCUGUUUGGAAAUGAUUUAGCCCCUUUUAAAAAAUUAAGCUUUACAUUUAAAGAUUUAUAUCGUCAGGCUGAGUGCCACAGGAAGCCAAAAAGCAUUUGAGAGCUGUUCUAUCACAUUGUUGGUUUUUAAUGGGAUUUGUAAACAAUAACAAAAAUACAGAAUACCGCCAGUCUCAUCCUUAAACAGUAUUGUGAAGCCUGAUGAUGAGUGGCAGCACAGCAACAUAAUGUGUUAGAAAUACUGGACAUUUAGUUUGAAUCUCCUGAAUGACAUGUCAUGUGUCUGAAUGUCAGUCCAGUCAGUCAAGUAAAAGCAAAUGGGAUUUAGUGUCUCUUUAUUGCCAUAUGAAUAUGGUAACAUGUAUGAUCAAAAAUCUACUGUUUUACAUGAAGCUUAAACACAGAUAUUUAAUGUCAGGGAGAGAUCUCCGAAAAAGAUUAAACAUGUAUAGGAAGGAGAAGGGAAAGAGAGAGAUGGAGAUAGAGAUAGAGGAAAAAUGUUCAUCCUGAAAGUAAUGACAGAUCACCCAAAUCUGCUUGUUUCCCAGUAUUAAUGCUCAGCAAUAUGCCAUGGACUCAGGGCGUAGUAUUAAAAAUAUGUAAUGUCAUUGCUGGUUUACAGUAAGUAAAGAAUUUUACUUAUAACGGGCAGCAUUUUGCUUGUGUGCAGAGAACAUUGGGAGGAUUUGACACAUUCUCUAUAGCCCUUUGGUUAAUUCUCCUAAAGCACGGUAGCUUUGUGACUUGUAUGAAAGCCAGAAGUCAGAGAUGAACUUUGACAUGUAUUUUAUAUUUUCAGAUUUUGUUUUAGAAACCAAGCCUACUUUACUAUAUUAUUUUGGACACUUUGUCCAUCACACUCCGCCAGUCAGCAUUCUUGGGGCAGAUUUUAUUUUAAUUCAUUCAAAUUUAAUUUGUUUUGAAAGACAACAUCUAUGGGAAAAACAGCAUUUAUAUAGGCUUUUGAGAUUAUAAGAGUGACUUUGUGUUAUCCACCGUCCUCUUGGGAUUUUUGCAGGUACAGAAUGUUUUCUGCUUUCCUAAUCUUUUGGGGGGGAAAGGGUUUUGGAUUGCAGAUGAUUAUUUUACAUAUACAGUCACAUAUUCUAUUCAUUAAAGUAAAUGUAUCUUACUCAUUUCA